AUGGCUGUUGGUAUCAGCCUGCUCCUGCUCAGGGACAGGCUGAAGGUGGUCACCGACGUGAUCAGUGGCAAGGUGGCUAUGGCGGCGGUCGCCGAGGCUGGAGUUCUGGUCUCCUUUGUCGGUGGGCUCGACGCCGGCAAUUUUCAUGUGCAGACGGAGAGCAAGCUCUUUGUGCGGGAGCCGGAGAUCGUGCCGGUUAAGGCCUGGUCUUCGGCUGCUGACUCAGCCAGUGCUCUGAUGGACGUCCCGGCCGGCUCUGGCGAGGUGCAGCUUCGCUCGCGAGCUCAGGACGAUCUCCAGGCCAGGGCGUUCGCCUCGGCCGUCGAUCCGGUCAACUACAACCAGGACGACGAGGAGGACACACAUGGUCAUGUGUCGGAUCCAGUCAGAGAUCAGGCACGUGAUGAUGGAUCGACGUUCAUGCAGGGCGGCCGCUCGGCUCCGUCGGCCCAGACCUCCACCGUGACGGUUCGGGAGGUGAUCGAGGCGGAGCCUGCUCAGGACGAGCCGCAGAAUCUGCUUGGACCGGUAGUGCUCGCAAUGGAGGUCGAGACCCCUGGCAUGUUCGCCCAGAAGGCGUACGAGUGGACCUCGAAGCUGGCUCCAGAGGCUCACGAGGUGUUCGCAGCGAGGCCCCAGAUGCUCGAGCAGUUCUAUAUCUUCGCAAAGGCCGCGGAGACGCUCUUUGAAGAGUCGCUCGGCUAUCAGCUGGGGUUCUCCCGUUGCGAGAAGGUCCCGCGUCAGCGCAGCUCGCGCUCGAUUGCCGAGUUCCAGCGGGACAUGGCGAUUCGGGCUUUAGCGGCUCCGGUCUUGGCGCCAGGCGUUCGCCCUUCGUUGGCGGCGAAAAAGCCGGCGAGCAGCUCUAGCACGCCGCUCCUCGAUCAGGAGAAUGCCGAGAAGCAGAAAUGGGCUAAGAGGCUCAGGGCCAUUGCGGAUCGGGCAGGUGAUCAUGCAAAGCCGAAAGCCCCAGAUCAAGGACUGCUCUCGCCUGAGGAGAAAGCUCGCCUCCAGUUGCUGGUCUUCACUUCAGGGGCUCCCUCAACGAUGUCGAACCACAUCCGCCGAUUCGAGAAGUUCGAAUCGUGGGCCCAUCGGUCGGGAGCGCAGUUCUAUCCCAUCACAAAUGAUCUGGUCCUUAAGUAUGCCAUAGAGCUCGAUGGCAUGGAGUGUGGACCAACGGUGCUGCCAUCCCUUCGGAUGGCGUUGCGUUGGGUCUCCUUCAGGACGAAUAUUGCUCUCCCCUCAAUCGAGUCGGCCGAGAUUGAGGCGCUCGAGAAGGAGAUCUUCACCCAGAGAGGCAAACCUUUGAAAGAGGCGGACCCGUUCCCCGUUGCGCUGGUCGCUGCCAUGGAGGGGUUCGUCGCACGCGAUGACCACCCUAGACCCGCUCGGGUCUUUAUCUGGUGGGUUCUUUGCAUGAUCUUCGCAUCACUAAGGUUCGAUGAUGCCAUUCACGAGAAGCCUCAUGAGCUCGAGGUCAAGCAAGACGGUCUCUUUGGGGUCUCCUGGCAAACAAAGUCAGAGCGCAAGCGUCGAGGAACCAAGUUCGUGGUGCCCGACGUGGCUUUCUCUCGAGCGACAUGGUUCAAGGUCGGCUUGGAGCUCUUCGAGCUGGAGUUCCCUCUGGUGGAGAGAGAUUUCUGGAUACCAGAUCUGGAGACAAAGGAGAAGUGGCGGGAGACACCGCCUGAUUACGCACGUUCGCUGCAGUGGCUCCACCAUCUGGUCUGGCACGCAGGGCGGGAAGCCGGGGUAGCCAAGGAGGUCCUCGACGUGGUCACAAAGCUCACCUGGCACUCUGCUCGUGUGACCAUGCUGGAUCAAGCUGUCCACUGCAAACGUACGGAGCAGGAGAUCGGGGUCCAGGCGAAUUGGAAGAACCCUGGCCCGCUCGUCCUCAAGUACACUCGCUCGAGGUCGUCACUGCCGGCCCUUAUGAUCAAGGACCUGGUCGCCGAGGUCUCCAAAGACUUCACCCCACAGUGUGCUCUGGCGGACGACGUCAUCGACGACUCUGACGAUCGCGAGGCUACCUUGACGGAGUUCUUUAUCAAGGCCCCCGAAAAAGGCUCGAGCUAUGAGUACAGAUUCCAUGUUUGUUCUGCUGAGUCUGUGGAAGAGAUCGCUUGUAAACGCGCGAUCACCCCGGAGUUUGUGCACAUCAUCGGUCUUGGCACAGCCGAGCUCGAGAAGUUCAAACAGGUGGAGCGCGAGCCGGCGGUUCCACCGAAGCGCCCGCGCUCGACGUCUCCGCCACCGGCUCCUACGGCGGCGCAAGAGGAGGCCAGUGAUGCUUUGGCUCCAAAGCGGAGUGCCACCUCUGUUCUUUUCGCUCCGCCCUGGCAGUUUUGGUCACAGGUGCCACAGGAUCCUUACAUCGUUCGGGAUCUCGGCCCGUGGGGUGUUGAGAUCUUUGCAGGGACAGCUCGGCUGACCUCUCAGUGGCGCUCGGCCGGCCUGCUCGUGCUCCCCCCGAUCGACGUCAAGAUUUCCGGUGAGGUCUACGAGUCUGUCGACCUGCUCGAUGAAUAA